GUCCAGCACCCUAAGCCAUGAUUCCGUUUUUACCAGUAUCCCUAAUUCCGCGCUCUCCACAGGUUUUCCUACGGUUGUUCUCCAGUAAGAAAGCGACUGGGUCCUCCUACCGGUAUCUCAACAGGCAGCAGCGUGAUCCAUUCUGGCCGUGGAUCUGCUGGACAUGCGGCCAAUCGCCAAUGUCAAGUUUAUCCAGGGCGACUUUCUUGAGUCCGGACAUUAAGCAGCAGGUGGUGGAGGCACUGGAUGGGAGGAAAGUAGGGCUGAUAUUGUCUGAUAUGGCGCCGUCGUUCACCGGCCACCAUGCGACGGAUGCAGCAAGGACCAUGAAUUUGUGCGAGGACGUACUGCAGUUUGCUGACGAGUUCUUGGGCUACGGCGGGUGCCUGGUGCUCAAGUUCUUCAUGGGCGGCGGCGAGGCCGAAUUGCGCAGGGCACUGAAGGAAGGGUUCGAGAAGGUGGUGGUAGAGAAACCCGAUGCGUCGAGAAAGCAGUCGUCAGAGCAGUACUUUGUGUGCAUUCGCAAAAAGGCCGCUGAUGACGGGUGAGGUCUGAGCGUUAUGUGCUGUGAGAUCAAGGGGGGUGGGGAGGGGGAUGCAGAUGAUGCAAUGUCUGCAACUCGACAUUGAUUGUCUGGGUAUCCCGAGGCUGUGGUUAGAGGGAGCUAAAACUUUGUU